UCCCUAUUUAACUUGACAGACGCGAAGCACCGCGGGAGAGCACUGUCCGUGGAUAAUCGCAGGUGGCGAGCUUGACAAAUUGGCGGACCACAAAAACACGCGCUUGAAUGCCAUUUAAACCAAAAAAAAAAAAACAUUUGAUUUUACGUUGAUUAUUUAUCGCUCUUGCUUUUUGGAUGCUCAACAAUGCCCUCGCCGGCUCGGUUCGUUGCCAGCUCGGCUCGCACCAUCCACAUCAAACAUCCCCUCCUCGCCAUCGUCAUCUUCCUCUGCUGCGAACUGACGAUAAUUGACGGCGCCGAGAAACAGCGGCCAUGCACGGAGGAAGACUACUACUUUGAGUACACAGAGUGUCACAGUUCUGGCUCUCGGUGGCGGGCAGCCAUCCCGCGCAACCCCGGGGCCUGUGUCGGCCUACCCGAGCCGGUGCGCGGCACAGAUUGUACCUUUUCGUGCAAAGCCGGCGAGUUCCUGGAGAUGUCGGCCCAAGAGUGCACCCGCUGCGCGGCCGGAAGCUAUUCUCUGGGCAGUGGCAUCCGUUUCGACCAGUGGGAAACCAUGCCGGCAGGAUUCAGUAGCCUAGCAACCACCCUAGAAAUUGGCGCCCACGGAGACGGCGACCUCACAUGCAACAGCUCUUCUUGGGUGCCGCAGGGAAGCUAUCUGGCGUCCAACCGGGACGAGUGCACGGUCUCACUGGUGUACUCGGUCCACCUGAAGAAGCAGGGAUCCGUCACUUUUGAGUACCAGUACCCAGACAACAACUUGAUCUUUGAGUUCUUUAUCCAGAAUGACCAGUGUCAAGAGCUGGAUCAGGCCGCAGAUACUAAAUGGUUGAAGGUCACCAGCCAAGGAGAGUGGGCCACCCACACGGUCAACCUUAAGUCUGGGACAAACAUCAUGUACUGGAGGACAAGUGCCGUCACGUUGGGCAACAAAGCAGUGAAACCCGUUUUGCUGAAAAAUGUCCACAUAGAAGGUGUGGCCUACACGUCGGAGUGUUUCCCUUGUAAGCCGGGCACAUUCAGCCGAGUGCCGGGCUCCUCUUCGUGCGAGCCCUGUCCCCGGGACACCUAUUCGGGCCACGGGGCGAGCUCCUGCUCCCCCUGUGACGUGACCACGCAGUAUGCAGAUGAAGGAUCUGGAACGUGUAAAACCAGACCUCCAUGUUCCAGGAAAGACUUUUUCAGCAUUCACACAGCGUGCGACAACUACGGGAAGACGCAGGUGCUAUAUAAGUGGAUCGAGCCCAAAAUCUGCCUGGAGAACAUAACCGGAGCCGAGGCGCUGCCCCCAGGUGGCGAACGAGAACCUUGCCCUCCAUGCAACCCUGGUUUCUAUAACAAUGCCACGUCCGUCUGCUUGCCCUGCCCCGCUGGGACCUACUCGGAUGGCAUGAAACCGUGUCAGCCAUGCCCGGCAGGCACCGAGCCCACCCUAGACUUUGAGUACAAAUGGUGGAACGUUCUUCCGGCUAACAUGAAGACGUCCUGCUUCAACGUGGGCAACACCAAGUGUGACGGCAUGAAUGGCUGGGAAGUGGCCCGCGAUCACAUCCAGAGCAGCGCGGGAAGCUCGGAUAAUGACUAUCUCAUCCUCAGCAUCCAUGUUCCCGGCUUCAAGCUUCCGACGUCCGUUUACAGACAUGCUGGCACGGAGUUUGGCCGGAUUACGUUUGAGUUUGAGACGGUGUGCAGCGCUGACUGUGAAUUAUACUUCAUGAUGGAUGUGAACCGUAAGAGCACCACAGUGGUCGAGUCAUGGGAGAACAGCAAAACAAGACAGUCGUAUACACACGUCAUGACCAAAAAUGCUUCGGUUUCCUACACGUGGGCGUUCCAGAGGACCAAUCAGCCCACAGAUGUCCGUCGCUACGUGCACGACGUGGCACGCAUUUACUCCAUCUGGGUGAGCAACGCAGUUGAUGGGGUGUCGUCCGAGUGUCGAGCCUGUGCGCUUAGCACGCAGCCGUCCAGCUCGGCAUGUGUGCCGUGCCCGCCGGGUCACUACAUCGAUCCGCAGAGCAGCCGCUGCAUCGAGUGCCCUCCCGACACCUACCUGCUCCCCCAGUCCACACUGGGACCCGACGCCUGCAAGCCUUGCGGACCGGGCAGCCUGAGCAGCAAGGACCACCGCUUGUGCUACAGCGACUGUCACUUCACACACACGGACGGCAAUGUCACCAUGACCUUUGACUUCAGCCCGCUGGGCUCGGUGGGAACGCUGAUGAACGGGCCGAGCUUCACCUCCAAAGGAACCAAGUACUUCCACCUGUUCAACAUCAGCUUGUGCGGAGGACAGGAUCUUCUGGCCUCGUGCAAAGACAACGUGACCGAUCUGUCCCUCAGCGAUUCUCUGAGCGAGCGCGGUGAUGGUGGUAACACUGUCAAGACCUUCAUCUGCCAAUCAACCGUAAUCCCAGCCAGCGGGAGAGGUUUCAACACGGCGCUCACCUCACAGUCCAUUAACCUGGCUGACACCUUCCUCGGCGCAACGGUGGAAAGUACACAUGCCGGUAUUAAGGCGAGACCGGAUCUAUACCCCCAUUCCUCCAGGAAAGUGCCAGAUGUCCACUUCUACUUUCGGUCUUUGGAGCCCACCUCUUCUUGCGAAAUGGGCCGCAGCACAGUGGUGUCCGUACGCUGCAAUCCCACAAAAAGCGCCAAAGGGGAACUCUCAGUGUCCAGUACGUGUCCUGCGGGAACAUGCGAUGGCUGCGCCUUUCACUUCCUGUGGGAGAGUUCUGGGGCGUGUCCCACAUGCACCAAGAGCGACUAUCACCGCAUUGAGGGAGCCUGCAAGGCGGGACAAAUGGAUCUUUUGUACGUGUGGACAGAGCCCAAAGUUUGCAUGGGAGGUGUGAGUUUGCCCAACAAGGAGACGAUGCCGUGCGAAGGGCUGGACCUCUGGGUGCAGCUCUGCGCCGGAGUGGGCGCCUUCAUUACUGUCCUGCUCGUCUCGCUCACCUGCUACUUCUGGAAGAAGAAUAAGCGGUUGGAGUAUAAGUACUCCCGCCUGGUCAUGUCCGCCAACAGCAAGGAGUGUGACAUACCAGGUGCCGACAGCUGCGCCGUCAUGGAGGGCGAGAACGAUGGCGACAUGGACGAUGAUGUGGUCUACUCCAAACCCUCGUUGCUCAGAAAACUCAAAGCCAUAGCAUCUAAGAAAAAUGGAGAAAGAUAUGAAAACAUGCAGCUCAACUCAUCUCAUUCCAAAGCCCUGGUGUGGAGUUAAAAGAUCGCAGAAAUAAACAGAGAGAGACCAACAGGAGGCUGUCCACUGGUGAAGACCCCUUUAAACCAGUCACCCACCUCGAUGAGCUUUGCUGGGCGCGCGCGCGCACACACACACACACACACACACACACACACACACACACAGUGGCCUUGAAGUGGAUACGGGUGGGUAAGAGCUCAGGGUAACCUUGGGGAACGUUGUAAUUUUGUGAUUUUCUGUAUUUUACUGGACUUCGCUAUGAGGUGGGGAUUUUGUGUUUUGACCCCCAACCCUCCGACUCCCCUGCCCACCUCAUUUGUUGCCACUCGUCAUGUGUGUGAUUGUUUUUGUUUUGCACCAGUUGUUGUACAGCAAGAGGGACAAUGAGGUUGUGUACUUCAAAUAAAUUAUGACUUAUUUAUGUAUAA